CCAGUGAAACUGGUAGGACAGACGGAAUGUUUAAUGAAGUAAAGUAAUCAAAUAAAUCCACGCCCCCAUUACCUCACUAUAAGAGGCCAAACCCCCCAUACAUCAGUGUGUUUUUUUCUGUCCUUGGGACUGCAGGACAGACGGGGCAGCCAUUUGGCUGCCAUGCUCUUAGAUUUCAUGCUAACCUUGUGUUUCUCUUUCAGGGUUGCAGCUUAUCUGAUCAAGCUGGUGCUGCCGGCAUGUUGGAGGCUCGGAGCUCCUGCAUUCAGCUUCCUGUUUGGCUUACACACAUUGUGUUCCAGCGCCCUCUGGUGGUUUGUUGCUGAACAACAAUGAUUAAAGUUUGUUCAAACCUGGCGUCUGACGUCAGUUUGGGCGCCAAAUUUGAAUAUAUAAAGCCUCCAGUCCUUCCAGGCUGUGCUGUUGCAGCCUUGGGUUGGUUACUGAGGCAGACUACUUUAGUCACCAGCUUUCCUGUGUCUGAUAAUGUCCUCUGCCGGUGAUGGGGAUCGGACUGGGCGCAAGACGUCAUCCAAGCGCAAGCAUUUGGCGUGUAGGGAUUGUGACACCCCUCUAGCGGACUCCUAUGAAUUUAAUAGGUGUCCCUCUUGCCGUCCUCCUCCUCCUCUGCCUCCUGAUACGGAGCCUACCAUACGGGACGUAGUAGUCUGGGUAAAGGACUUUGUGGAGUCCUCAAUGAACACCCUAAGGGAUUCCGUGUCAUCCAGAAGACCCAGUGUCCGAUCUCCUCUGAGACCCACUCCUAUGCAGGAGGAAGUCUACCAUACCGUGGACGAAGUCCAUUCCUCUGAGUCUAGCGGGGAGGAAGAAGAGGCUGGAAGAGCUCCUGCGACUGUCAAGGCCUACGCCAGGGUAAAGCGCAUUUUUCUUCUAUGGUGUGCAUCUCAUCAAGUACCAUCUCAGGAUCCUCCAGUAUCAGCUAUUCUUCAGUUCAUGCAGGAUGGACUAGAUAAGGGCCUCAGCCCUUCUACACUCAAGGUACAGAUCUCUGCUCUGUCAGCCGCCUUUGGCAGAUCUUUACAUCAAGACCCUCUGAUUAAGAGGUUCCUUAAAGGAGCCGUACGUCUUAAGCCUAGCAUUUCAAGACCUAUACCGCAGUGGGAUCUCUCAGUGGUGCUUAAAGGGUUGAGUGGUCCUCCCUUUGAACCCUUGGAAGAAGUGGACUUUAAGUUUUUAUCCUGGAAGGUAACCUUUUUGUUGGCCGUAACUUCGGCCAAACGCAUUUCAGAGCUUCAGGCUUUUUCGGCAUAUGAGCCAUACACUUUAUUUUUACCGGACAGAGUCCUUUUACGUUUUUUACCCACCUUUUUGCCUAAGGUGCCCUCUGUGCACAACAUUAAUCAAGUUGUGUCUUUGCCUGUGUUAUGUUCCUCUUCUUCCUCUGCAGAAGAAACUUCCCUCCAUACUCUGGAUGUGGCCAGAUGUUUGAGAAUCUACAUUGAGAGAUCCCGGGAGUUCAGAAGGUCAGAGAAUCUUCUUAUCCUGUUCUUUGGCAGGAAUAAAGGGAAGAAGGCCUCUAAGCCUACUCUAAGUAGAUGGAUCAGAGAGGCCAUCAGAGAAUCUUUCGCUUCCCAGAAUAGACCUCCUCCUGCCUUUGUCACUGCUCACUCCACCCGAGCAGUCUCUACUAGUUGGGCCGAAAGGUCUCUUAUUCCUCUGGAACAGAUCUGUUCCGCGGCCUCCUGGAGCUCACAUUCUACCUUUGUGAGCCAUUAUAGACUCAACCUCAGGGGAUCAGAAGACACUGCCUUUGGGCGGUCUGUUUUGAAUUCCAUUCAGCAUUGAAGUCCCUACCCUUUAGGCUAACUUCUUGCUAAGUCCCCACAUGUGCUGCUGGUUAGGACGUAAGGGAAGCGUUAAUUUCUUAACGUUAAUUUGUUUUCCCUUAGUCCUAACAGCAGCACACAAAUAUCCCUCCCUUUGUUU